GGUACGCGCACCUCCUUUGCUUUUCACCCUUCUCUUCUCUCUUCUCUCUUCUCAACCACCCCAAAACACCUAACCCAAUUCCCAAAUCAGACCAGGCAAUCACCACCCCAUUCAAUCUCUCUCUCUCUUCCCAAAAGCUCACAUCUCAUCUGGGUCUCUAUAAAGCUCUCACCUUCAAGAUUUUGAAUGCAGGGUUUAUCUGCAGGUUUAGGACCUGGUUCUGUCACCAACAUGUCAACUGUCUCUAAAGAUGACAACUUGGCCAUGUCUUCCGAGGAUUCUUGCAGCCCUGAUGACUCUGACCUCGAGCUCUGCCUUGGCCUCAGCCUCCGCGGCAAGGCUGCCCAGCAAGGCCCAGCUGGGAAUUAUGCUAGGAUUCUGACGGCUAAGGAUUUCCGGUAUGUGGGCUCGAACGGGUCGUCGGCGUCGUCGAGUUCUUCUUCGUUGAGCAGUGUUAAUGUGGCGGCUGGGACUAAGCGGAGUGCUGAUUCUGUUGCGGCGGCGAGUGGUGUUAAUAGCCAGCCUGUGGGAUGGCCUCCUAUCAGAACUUAUAGAAUGAAUUCAUUGGUUCAUCAAGCAAAAUCUUCAGCGACUGAAGUAGUUAACUCAGAGAAAGGUGGAUGCAAGACUGUUUCAAGGAAGGCUAACAUUGGUGGUCAAGAAAACAAUGGAAAUGCUAAGGAGAGACGCCUCACGAGUUCCCUGUUUGUAAAGGUGAAUAUGGAUGGCAGUCCAAUUGGAAGGAAGGUCAACCUAACUGCACACAGUAGCUAUGAAGCCCUAGCACAAACGUUGGAGGAUAUGUUCCGGGGACUUUGUGCAAAUGCGAAAUUGAUACUUUCUGGUGGUCAGGAGCAUGAUAUGAUGGUGGGAGAAACUACACCUUCUAAGUUGCUUGAUGGUUCAUUUGAUUUCGCACUGACUUAUGAAGACAAAGAAGGUGACUGGAUGCUUGUUGGGGAUGUUCCUUGGGGGAUGUUUCUCAAUUCAGUUAAGAGGCUAAGAAUCAUGAGGAAAUCUGAGGCUAAUGGACUUGCUCCAAGGCUGCAGGAAAAGAAUGCAAGGCAGAGAUGCAUGAGCUGAUACAGCUCCAUUUGUGAGAACUUCGGCAAGGAUACAAAGAACCUAUGUUUUACAGUGUACAAAGUGGGUAAGACAUAAUUGGAGCAUAUGGAGAUAAGAGAAGCUAUGGUGUUCUGUUUCAUUUUUGCUUGAUGUGGAAUGUUAUUCCAUUUCUUUUUGCUUUGCCUUCUCUAGAAGUUACAUGGCUGCUUCUCAAAGCCAGAGCUAUCUUAUAUUUUAGUGUACUACAUAUAAUACACGUACCUGUGAUGAAAUUUUGUUGCUGAUGUAUAUAUGGGGUUACUCAAUUGCUUUU